AUGGCGACAGGACUAACCGCCACUAUAACCUUGAAACCCUUAAACCGUCACCACAAACCUUUGUUCCCUCAUCUCCAAAAACCAAACUCAACAUUUAUCUUCUCUCCUCUAAGAUGCAGAACAACCCCAAAAACACAAAGGUUGAAAAACUUUACCCUUUGUGUUCUCAUGGAAGAUCCAAAACAUGAUACCCAAUCGGAAAUUGAAGAACAAAAACAACCCCUUUUAGUUGUGUCACAAAAAAUGGAAGAGAAAUUGGCAAGGAAAAAAUCAGAGAGAUUGACGUAUCUUGUUGCAGCUGUUAUGUCAAGUCUUGGGAUAACAUCUUUGGGUGUUUUGUCGGUUUAUUUAAGGUUUUCAUGGCAAAUGGAGGGUAGUGGAGAAAUUCCUUGGUCUGAAAUGUUUGGUACAUUUGCUCUAUCUGUUGGUGCUGCUGUUGGAAUGGAGUUUUGGGCUAGAUGGGCUCACAAGGCUCUUUGGCAUGCUUCCUUAUGGCACAUGCAUGAGUCCCAUCAUAGAGCAAGAGAAGGAGCUUUCGAGUUGAACGAUGUUUUUGCAAUAAUCAAUGCUGUUCCUGCUAUCGCUCUCCUUAACUUUGGUUUCUUUCACAAAGGAUUGAUCCCUGGUCUUUGCUUCGGUGCCGGUCUUGGCAUUACGGUUUUUGGAAUGGCCUACAUGUUUGUACAUGACGGUUUAGUUCAUAGAAGAUUCCCAGUGGGACCCAUUGCCAAUGUACCCUAUUUCAGAAGGGUAGCUGCAGCCCACAAACUUCACCAUUCAGACAAAUUCAAUGGAGUCCCAUAUGGGCUGUUUUUGGGACCAAAAGAACUUGAAGAGGUGGGAGGACUAGAAGAGCUAGAGAAAGAGAUAAGUAGGAGGACAAAAUCAUACAAUAGUUCAUGA